ACCCCAACUUCCCAACUAAUUAAUAAUUAACCACUAUGGCCUUCAAGAUCCUUCUCCCUCUCCUCCUCCUCGCCGCCGCAACCCCGACAUCGGUUUCUAUCAUCGAUGUGGCGCAAAUGCUGGCCGGCAAGCCCCAGUACGCCACCUUUGUGAAGCUCCUGACGGAGACAAAGGUGGCUGAGGAUGUGAGCCGGCUCAAGUCGGCGUCGGUGCUAGUUGUCUCCGAGAAGAACGUCAAGGCCCUCUUGUCGGUGCCCAAGGACAAGCUGCAGAUGAUCCUCUCACACCACGUGCUCCUCAAGUACUUCGACCCCAUCCAGCUCAACGAGAUGAAGACACCUACAGCCAAGCUCGAAUCCAUGCUCUCCACCACCGACAAGAACCUCGGCACCAUCAUGUACUCAAAGGACCCAGACGGCCAAAUGUACUUGCGCUCCCCAGGCGCGGACACCGUCGCCAAGCUCGUUAAGGUUGUCGCGGCGCGCCCCUUUGCGGUGUCCAUCAUGGAGAUCAGCGCGCCCCUCGUGUCUCCCGAGAUCCUUGCCGCUGCUGGUGCUGCAAAGCCAAAAGUUGGCAAGGGCAAAGCGAAAGGCAAAGGCAAGGUCAAGCCGAUGUCUGCCAACGAUGAGGGCUCCUCUGACGCCGCGCCAUCGGAGGCUCCAACAACCUCCACCUAAGAGAGGUUAGCAUGGCGCCUGGCCGGCCAGGACACACCCACCAGGAUCAGGGUGGCAUUCGGUCGUCACAAGUUCCGAUAAUAUAAUUGUGAUGGCGUGCCAUAAUAAAUAAAUUUGGAGGGAAGCUAAAAUCUUUCUUUUUUGUUUUGUCUUCUGCUACUAAUGGGUUUUUUUGUAUAAAUAGUAAAGCCAAACUGGAAGUUGAAUUCCUGCAAA